CCGUUUGUCCCCGGAGAUUGCCACAUGGCCCCGGAUCAGCCUCCCCCACAGGCCGCCGCCGACGUUCGAGACUGCAUCGACGCCUUCCUUCCCGCCACGACGCCCGCCGUUCCUACUAUCACUCCCCAACACUACCGCGCCAUGGCGCACAAGAUAAACGAGGAAGGGAUACUGCUCCUGGAGCAGCCCUUUGCGAGGGUCCCCUACGAGAACUACCGCAAGAUAUUCCGCACGUCGCAGAAGCAAAUCGAGCGCGAGAUGGGGCCUGUGCAGACGGGCGUGGCGAAGUUGGCGAAAGAUGCGGAGGCCGGGUCCUUGGACUCGGCGCAGGCGAUGGAAAGCAUCGACGCGAUGAUCGCGCGGGUGGAGGGGUUGAAGCGGAAGCUCGCCGACCUGCACUCCACCACGGGCAAGCCCACGCAGGACGUCCUCCGGGACCGGUUACAGCACCUCAAUGCUCUGUCCUCCUUCCAAGACACCACGGACCCCGACUUUGACAGAUGGGCGGAUACGAGGCUGGAUAGGUGGCUGGUGGACUGGGCGCUAAGGACGGGGAGGGUCAAUACGGCGCGCGAUAUUGCGAAGCGGAAGGAUAUUGAGUCUUUGGUGGAUAUUGACUUGUUCACGGAAAUCCGGCGAAUAGAGGGCGCGCUGCAGGCGCAUAGCUGCACGGAGGCCUUGGCGUGGUGCAGCGAGAACAAAGUGGCGUUGAGGAAGAUCAAGAGUCAACUCGAGUUCGAGCUACGGCUGCAAGAGUUCAUUGAGCUCUGCCGACAACGGAACACCGCGCAGGCUAUCGCGUACUCCAGGAAGCACCUCAUCGCCUGGCAGGACACGCACAUGCCGCAGAUCCAGCACGCCCUCGCUCUGCUUGCCUACGCGCCCGGCACCCAGUGCGGGCCGUACAAGCGCCUCUACGACCCCUCUCGUUGGGACACCCUCGUCCGCUCCUUCCGUAACGCUGUUUACGCCCUCAACACCCUCUCGCCCGAGCCCCUCCUCCACCUCGCCCUCUACACCGGCCUCGCAUCCCUCAAACUGCGCGCCUGCUACGUCAAGCACAGCAAGAACCCCGACUGCCCCGUCUGUGAUGGCGGGAACAGUAACGACGUCCCAUUAGCGGAGACGCGCGGCCUGUCCAAGCUCGCUGAGGAGGUCCCCUUCAGCCACCACACGAACUCGACGAUCGUGUGCCGGAUCACGGGGAAGAUCAUGGACGAGGACAACCCGCCGAUGGCGUUCCCGAGCGGGCAGGUGUACUCGCGGAGCGCGCUGGAGGAGAUGGCGGUGGAUGGGGGGAGGGUAAGGAGUCCGGAAACGGGGGAGGAGGUGGAGUUCGGGCAGUUGAGGAAGGUGUAUAUAUCGUAAAGGGCAGGGCAUUGUAUUUGUAUGAAUUUUUGCGCACUUCAAUGGUCCGGAUUUGGCAGACGCAGGAAACGCUGUUCAAGGCGGCG